CAACGCAGUUUAAGCACAGACAAACUAAUGGAGGAAUAAGGAGAGGAACAAAAAUGAUCCGCUUUUUAUAGGAUGCAGUGAUGUUUCAAGUAGAGAUUUGUCAAAAGGUUUCUAAAUUAAAUUGUUAGUUGACCUUAAAGACGGCGACAAGUUCAAAGGUUAAGGAUCUGGGAAAGGCAGUACAGUUAGAAGAAUGUCGCAGUGGCGUUGUGCUUUAGUUGGGAUGCAGUGAUGGGAAGAGGGAGAUGGGAGCUCCACCCCCCGGUGCAGACUACACACUGACACCUGUUCUCCACUCAGUGUCAGUGACAGCGAGCUCUGCUCUACAUCUGUGUCUAAAUCAGAGCACCAGCCUCUGUCUGCCACCUGGGCCGACAGUCCACCUCAUCUGCAGGAGACAAUGGAGUAAUUUGUUUUGUUUGUUUUUUACGCACGAGAAGUUCUGAAUGAAGCAGGAAACACCAAAGUUAUUUGUGUGAACAGACAAAAAGGACGAGUGUGGGAGGACAUCUGACUUCAGUUUGUUUUGUUUUGUUUGUAGAGGAUGUAGAGCUUUAAGGAUAAACAAAGGACAGUACGUGUUGACAUUUAGAAUACAAGCUGAACGCAUACGUUUGACAUCAUGUCCAAGAGCGGUCAGGACAAGGAUCCAGAUAUUGAACUGUUUGUCAAGGCCGGCAGUGAUGGGGAGAGCAUCGGGAACUGUCCCUUUUCUCAGCGUCUCUUCAUGAUCCUCUGGCUGAAAGGAGUCGUGUUCAACGUCACCACUGUUGACCUCAAGAGAAAACCGGCAGAUCUUCACGAUCUGGCCCCAGGGACACACCCGCCCUUCAUCACCUUCGACGGCGAGGUCAAAACAGACAUCAACAAGAUCGAGGAGUUUCUGGAGGAUAUGCUCUGCCCCCCGAGGUAUCCCAAACUGGCUGCCAAGCAGAGAGAGUCCAACACAGCUGGAAAUGACAUCUUCGCCAAGUUCUCAGCCUACAUCAAGAACACCAAGCUGGAGGCCAAUGCUGCUUUAGAGAAGGGUUUAACCAAAUCACUGCUGAAGCUGAACGACUAUCUGAACAGUCCCCUGCCAGAGGAGAUUGAUGCAAACAGUAUGGAAGAAGAGAAGGGAUCGAACCGAAGCUUCCUGGAUGGAAAUGAACUCACGCUUGCAGACUGCAACCUGCUGCCUAAACUACACAUAGUCAAGGUUGUUGCUAAGAAGUACCGCAACUACGAGAUCCCCACGGAGAUGACGGGCGUGUGGAGGUAUCUGAAAAACGCCUACAAACGGGACGAAUUCACCAACACCUGCGCCGCCGACGGCGAGAUUGAGACCGCCUACAAAGAAGUAGCAAAGCGGCUGGCCAAGUGACCCAAACACGUAAACAACAAGCAAGGCAUCACAAGAAACACUGUUGUCUCAGUGACGCUCACACUGUCGUCGUUCAAUUCCAUACAGCCUUUAACCCCACGUAUCCCAAACGCACAGACAAGAAGUACACACAGAAAACGAUCGACCACGUAAAAGAAUCAUUUUGCUGCUGCGAAACUGCUGUUGUAACCAGUUUUUCUCAGACGUGAUUGUGUCUGUCUGUGGUCAUUUCUCCAAAUACAAGGCUCCCUUUCAUACAUUCUCUUUUGGCCCACACAGCCAAACAUUUUACUAGCUGCUGAUGUCAGGGUAGUUCACUUUAUUUAUUCCUAAGCCCACAGAAGUCUAGUCUGACUCCAGUGUUUAUUGUCGUGCUCUGGCUCCUGGGGAGACACCUUUGAUUCCCGUAUGAUUGAUGCUCCCGAUUGUUUGAAAUCCUCACAUCCACUCUGAUUGUCAUCCAUCACUGUAGGUGUUUGCUGUAGCUGUGUUGUUAAGCCUUCCUUAAAAGACUCACUCCUGCUUCAAAGAGUUUGGUUGAUCUGUGAAAAAAAGAAAAAAAGACGUGCUCGAGUAAUCCGCUUAAAAGUCAAAUGUGCCUUUACCAAUGUGAAAAAUGUAUCGCAGCCAGAACGGAGACGCUUGAUUUGCUCCUAGCUGUUUGUGUUUAGUUGGUAUUGAUUUCGUCCUGUGUUGCAGAUGAAAUUAUGAAUGGAGAGGGUAUUUACUCAGCAGCCCCAAUCAGGCCUGAUUAGCUGUAGACGCAUUAGCGCCGCGAUGAAAAGCCUCUCCCAGGCCAGGUCCACCACGGUCAGGAGGCCUGCCCUCCAGCUCUUCAUCAAAGACACAUUUCCUCUCCUCCGAGGAGUCCAUCAACCUCCACGGCCCGAGAGUCGAAGUUCAAAAGUUUCGCUAGGACGUGGUUGAAGUAUCGGAAAGAUGGAAAUUUUUUUGGGGGAGCUUAUCGUCUUUGGCGUAGCGUCAGGCUGCAACUACAACAAGACUUCCUUCGAGAACCAUGCGGCUCUUGUGUGGUUUGGACAAACGUAUGAAAUGAAAUUGGAGCAUGAUGAGUGAGGGCCUUGCUCAUGGCAAAGCUCUACAAAUAAAAUAAUAUUUUCACAGA